CAACAAUAGUGAUUCCACCUAUAAAAACAUUGAGAAUUCAGUUGGAUCGAUUUUUUUAUUGAAUUUUAGGUUUUAUAUUGACAAUGGACCAUGCAGCAGGUGAGCGGCAGCGGUCCGGUGUUCUGACUGUAGGACAGGUGAGUCAUCACAGUAUUGAGCUCACCUGGACACGAGAACACGGUACGACCUGGACCGACCCACCGGAAAACUGGACCUGCUUCAUCUUGGAACAGAAGAACAACAAAAAACAAACAUAUAAAGAGAUACAUAAGGGGUACACCACACGGUUCACGGUGGAGAAUCUAGAACCAAAGACCACCUACACAUUCAGACUGAAGGUCACGUGGCCGUCUGGUCAGCAGCACUAUUACCCAUCAGUCUCUGCUUCUACAGAAAAGGAGCCUCUGAACGGGAGGAAUCUUCACAACGCCGUCCUCAGGAGUGAUGAGCUGGAGCUCUGUCGUGUGCUGCAGUCGAUAAAAGUUACAGUGGAUGUUCCUGACAAGCUGGACUUUACUCCUCUAAUGAUGGCGGCAAUGAAGGGUUUUACUAGUGGAGUUCAGAUUUUGCUGGAUUAUGGUGCAGAUGUGAACAAAAAAAACAGCAGUGGCAAAGACAGCCUGAUGCUCGCGUGUUUCCACGGGCACCUGGACACGGUGAAGUUCCUACGCAGCUGCGGGGCGUCCUGGAGCUCUCGGGACCGAUCGGGCUGCUGUGCUCUGCACUGGGCCGCAGCUGGAGGACACCUGCCUGUUGUGCAGUACCUCAUAAAGGACGGAUGUGAGGUCGAUGUGCUGGACGGCACCUCCUGGACGCCCCUUAUGAGCAUAUCGGUUUUAACUGGAGACACGGCUGCAGCUUCACUGUUAAUCAAAGCUGGAGCUGAUGUCAAUGUACAGGACAGAGAUGGGAAAACACCACUAAUGGUGGCUGUGCUGAAUAAUUACGAGCAUCUAGUUAAAGUUCUGCUGGAGAAUGGAGCUGAUCCAAACAUUCAGAACCAGUCUGGUGUUAGCGCUGUGGAAAUGGCACGCGCAUUUGAAAGGAAGAAUAUCAUUAGUCUGUUGAUGAAUAAGGACUAAAUGAGACAAACCACACAU